GUGAGCUUCUCCAACCCUAGUGGAACGGAGAAGCAGAAGCUCCGCUCUGGUCAGCAGUCCACGCCUCCGCGCUGCUACAGUGUUGUUGGAGGAGACGAACAGGAGCUGCUCUCAUCGAGUAAUUCGUGCUCUCCUGUGUGUGUUUACAUUAUGAAGACAGUCUUCUGUCAUGUUCCACUGUUCACAGAAACCCUUUCUGGCUCUAAAAGGCUGACAGAAAAGAAUCGUCCUCUUCCAAGUCUUCUCCUGCUAAGGUGACCUACACAGUUUAAAUUCAUCAUAAACACAUCAGAUGCCACCAAGAGGAAGACGUCACUGCUGAGACAAAGAAAUAGAAGAUGACGUCCAGAAAAAGCUCUAAUACUCGGCAAAUGGUGUCUGGUAGUCUCCACGUUAACAUGGCUUGCAGAAGAAUGCAAAAAAGUACAGUCAAAAUGAGAACUAGCCACUGCUUAGAGUGUGGGAAGAAUUUUAGAACCAGACGUAUCUUGAAAAUACACCAGCGCAUCCACACAGGAGAGAAACCGCAUGUCUGCUCAGAGUGUGGGAAGCGCUUUAAAGACACAGGUACCCUCAAAACACACCAGCGCAUCCACACUGGGGAGAAACCGUACAUCUGCUCAGAGUGUGGGAGGAGUUUUACUCAGCUUGGUAGUCUCCUAUCACACCAGCGCAUCCACACAGGAGAGAAGCCGUAUCGCUGCUCAGAGUGCGGGAAAAGUUUUAAUCGACAGACUCACCUCCAGUCACACCAGCGGGUUCACACCGGAGAGAAACCGUAUUACUGCUCAGAGUGUGGGAAGGGUUUUAAAGACCGAGGUAACUUCAAAACACACCAGCGCAUCCACACAGGAGAGAAACCGUAUGUCUGCUCAGACUGUGGGAGGAGUUUUACAGCACAAAGUACUUUCCAAAAACACCAGCGCAUCCACACAGAAGAGAAGCCAUACGUCUGUUUAGAGUGCGGAAAGAGUUAUAAAGAUGGAGGUGCCCUGAAAACACACCAGCGCAUUCACACAGGAGAGAAACCAUAUCACUGCUCGUACUGCGGACGGAGUUUUACCCGACAGAGUAACUUCAUAUCACACUACCGUCUUCACACAGAAGAAAAAAUGUUCCACUGCUCUGAGUGCGGCAAGAGGUUUAGUCGACAGAGUAAUCUCCAGACUCACCAGCGCAUCCACACAGGAGAGAAACCAUUUUACUGCUCAGACUGUGGGAUGCGUUUUUCUCUACGAAAUAGUCUCAAAAGACACCAGCGUAUCCACACAGGAGAGAAGCCGUAUGUCUGCUCAGACUGUGGGAAGAGUUUUACUCAGCACAGUGAUCUCCAAAAACACCAGCACAUUCACACAGGAGAGAAACCGUAUCACUGCUCUCAGUGCGGGAAGAGCUUCACCCAGCAGAGUCAUUUCCAAAGUCACAGGCGCAUUCACACAGGAGAGAAACCAUUUCACUGUUCGGACUGUGGGAAGAGUUUUUCUCUACGAAAUAAUCUCAGAAAACACCAGCGCGUCCACACGGGAGAGAAGCCAUAUGUCUGCUCAGAGUGCGGGAGGAGCUUUACUCAACACAGCAGUCUCCAAAAGCACCAGCGCACUCACACAGGCGAGAAACCAUAUCACUGCUCUCAGUGCGGGAAGAGUUUCACUCAACAGAGUCAUCUCCGAAGUCACAAGCGUAUUCACGCAAAAGAAAAGCUGUAGUACUUACUGCUCUUCAUACAUUGGGAAACUUAAAAAGUUGCAUAAGUGCACCAAGAGGGAGAUUUCAGGUUGUGAUGUGUGAAUUUGUCAAAUCAAAGCAUGUGUUUUGUAAAUUUAUUAAAAAUAAAAGACUGUAAUAUCCCAUUUACCUAAGAAUGCAGACCCUUUGUUAUGACACUUGCAAUUGGGUUCUGGUGCGUCCUACGUCUGUCAGCGGUCCUUGAGAUUCUUUUACAACUUGAUUGGGGUCUAUCUGUGCCAAAUUGAAUUCUUUGGACAUAAUUAGGAAAGGCACACACCUGUCUAUAUAAGAUCUCAUAAGCAGGUUUUCCAUCCGCCAGUUUUUUGAGAAUUUUGAAAAUGUGCAAAAAAGAGCCUGAAGAGAAAAAGCUUAACAUUCAAAAAAGUUUCAAAGCUCCGCAUUCAAAAGUUUGAAUUACACUAAAGCUGAAAUGUGAAUGAGUGAUGUGAAAGGCUUUUUCAAAUAAACGAUGAUGUAUAAAGCUGUGAGAAAUCUGCAGAUGGUCCAAUUGUGGCGCAUAGCUUUUCAAAGGUUGCUUUCAAGAUUCUGAAAUGCCUAAUCAAAGCACGUUUGAAAAAUGGCUCUGCACAGCAUGCUCCCAGAACUGUCUGGUGUAUAUGCGUUCCCAGAUGCGGGGUGGAUGUCAUCGGGGUGGCAUGGAGAUUUCUGCCCUCAUUAGGUGGCCAUUGCUCUUCCUACCCAGCAUUUCUGAGCUGCAAAUAAUCAUAAAAAGAUGGCAAAUGACUGUAAAGAUAAUUCCACUUUAAGCAAAAACCCAGUUAAAUCUCUCCGUCAUGCUUGUUUCGAUGCCCCUAACCACGGUAGCCUACAUCAUCUAAAGUUUCUUUGCAUAACUAUAGUGGAUGGAAACCUGACCAUAGUUGAUGUCAUAUGUCAGAAUGAAAAGCAAGCCGUUAGGUUGAGGGAAUUGUCCGUAGACCUGCAAGACAAGAUUGUGCCAAGGCACAGAUCUGGGGAAGAGUACAAGAAAGUUUUUGCAGCAUUGAAAGUGCCCAAGAGCACAUUAGCUUCCAUCAUUCACAAAUGGAAGUUUGGAACCACCCACAGUCUUCAUAGAUCUGGCCGACCAGCCAAACUGAGUGAACAGGGACAAAAGGCCUUGGACAGACAAGUAAGCAAGAACCCACUAGCCACUAUGAAUGAGAUCCAGAGUUCCUUUGUGGAGAUGUGUGAACCUUAGAGAAGGACAACCAUUAAUGCAGCGCUCCACCGAUCAGGCCUUUACGGUAGAGUGGCCAGAUGGAAGCCAUUCCUUACUAAAAGGCACAAAGUAGCCCACUGGUUGCUUGACAAAAGGCACCUGAGUGACUUUCAGACUAUGACAAAUAAAAUCCUCUAAUCUUAUAAAACGAAGAUUGAACUAUUUGGGGUGUUCGGAGGAAACCAGGCACUGAGCAUCACCUCUUUUAUACCAUCCCUACAGUCAAACACAGUGGUGGCAGCAUCAUGCUGUGGGGAUGUUUUUCUGCGACAGGGAGUGGGGACUAGGCAGGAUAGAAGGAAAAAUGGAUGCGAAACAUAUAGAGCAAUCCUGAGUGAAAACCUUUUCCAGAGUGUGCAGGAUCUCAGGCUGGGGUGAAGGUUUACGUUUUAACAAGACAACAACCUGAAGCAUACCACCAAGAAAAUGCAGGAGUGCCUUCAGGAAA